CUCGUCUCUUCUCUCGACGUCCACAGCCUCUUCUUCGCUGUGUGUCACGACAAUCUCAAUGGACAGGCUGCCGGCAUUGCAGCCUAUUCUGCAUGAUCCUGGCACUGCACCCGCCUUGAUCACCUCGCCAGAAGCCCUCGGCUUUGCAGAUUCUCCUGUUGCACAGAAGGAGUCCAAGGAUUCGUCUAACAGUAGUCGCGUGAAACGUCUCUCGUCUGCUAUGGAGAAGACUGUGGAUAAGCUUGGAAGGAGUAUCAGUGGCAAGUCUUCUGCAAGCCCAUCGCCAGGAGGCCAUCGACGGCUAUUCAGUAUCAGCCGCAAGGGAAAGGCCACUGACCGUUCGGAUAGCAUGCCGAUCCCUUCUUCCACUACCACGCCACCGACCUCCCGACCGACCUCUCCCGUAAAGCCUGUGCGGCCCAUACCGCCGAUUCAGGAUGACUCUCCUUUCAUUACGCCUCCAUCCCCUCGCCUAUCGCCUAUGCGGCCCAGCUUAGCAUCAUUUCGCGGAGAUGGUUCCAUGCGUGCGGGUACCCAAACUCUAAUACAAGCCCUGCAGGCUCUACCCUGGACGAAGGAUCCUGAUAAUGAUGAUGACUUCAUGAAUCACAACAAUUUGACCCCCGCCACGGACUCUGACAGUGAAGACGACGACAAAUCUAGCGAACCUCUCGCCCACUUGGCGUCCUCAAUACAUACCAUAUAUCGUCCUCUAGCUCGUUCCCGCAAAUACAGUAUCGGACCAAGCCAGCUGAUUCGUCGAUCGACGCUUCCCAGUCAUUCCCCAUCCAGCGAGGAGCCGUCCUUGAGCGAGUCGUCAGCCCCGUCGGAUGAAGAAGGCAUUGAAGAGGCUGACGAUUUUGAGGAGACAACGCCUAGAAUGCCUGGCGUUGAAGAACCUGCGGCACUGACCCCCAUUAUCUCGGCUUCCACGAGGCAAAGAAUGAACGCUGAAAGCCUGGAGCAGUUGGGCAUGGUGCGCACCGGUAGCACGGCUACGGUUCGCUUCCAGAGAAGAGCCAUGCUGGCGGAAAAAUUGAGGGAGGUCUUUGAACUUGAAGGCAUCGAGGAAGUCCGGGCUGAGAUGCCUUGCUGGUUGCUCCGAUCUAUUUUGCUCCAAGGUUACAUGUACCUGACAAACGCGUACCUUUGCUUCUUUGCACACAUGCCUUCCAAAGAGCAUCAAGUUCUUAAAUCGGGGUCCUUGACAAAGAAGGCGCAGCGUACCAAACGUUGGAUUAAGCAUUGGUUUGUGCUAAAGAACGACGCCCUAAGCUGGUAUCAGUCUUCAUCUGAUCCCUAUUUUCCUCAUGGGAUAGUGGAUUUGCGUUAUGCUAUUUCCUGCGAGCCUGUUCGUGAGAAAGAAUUCCGCGUACGAACAAAUCAGAAGACUGUUCUCCUGUACGCAGAUUCCGUUCCAAGCAGAGAAGAGUGGGUGAAAGCUAUAAGGAAGGUCAUCUUCAAGGCACAGAACAUGGGUGAUAGCGUUAAGAUUGCCAUUCCAUAUUCUGCGAUCCUUGAUGUAGACAAAUCAUCUGCUAUGGAUUUCAGCGAAACGAUCGAGAUUAAAGUGUUCGAUAAAGAUUCCUCGGAACAGCCUUCUGUGGACUCGUAUUUCUUCGCGUAUUUUCACGAUCUCUCGUCCGCUUUGGAUCAAAUCCGUGAUGCGGCGCGUACGCACCGUGCGGUUGAACUUGGGGAGGGAAAGGCACAGUCACUCAAAGGCGUGCUGGAUACAACCACCACUCGUCAGCCAGGUCCCUCAGUUGUGGACAGAGGCGCUAGUAUGCCGACUGAAGGGAGCAAAGACAAGGCCACUGGGUCCGGUUUCAGAAUAUCCUCGUUUUUGCGGCCUUUCCAAGACUCUACAGCGCGUUCUUUAACAGCAACCCCCGAUGCGGUAUCGGACAUCAUGGAGGAGUUCACACAUAUUUCUCGCAGAACGAAUUCAUCAUCGUUUGUCCCUGUCACUUCCACGGGGUCACCUAGUAAACAAUUAGAUCUCCCACGUACGGCUGACCACAGCAGCCAAGAAGCUUUCACAGACCUGACGCCUACACCUUCAAAUAUCAGGAUUAAUCACACGUACCCACCUUCCACUUCGUUGUCCUCCUCUAUUGACCCUGAUAAUACUUCAUUGAUCCUUAGAGAGACCAACGGAAGCAAUGCGAGCACUUGGAGCGUUGGUGUCCCCGGUUGGUUGAAAGUUGGACGGCCGAGUCGUUUCUUUGCGUCCAAUGAGUCCCCACCCAUUACCUUAAGUCCUCCUGUGGCCAUAAAAGAAAUGUACUCCUCAACAAGCAGCAGCAUUCUGGGAAGCAGGUGGAGCGGUGCUGGUGAUCUGGCCUUCAGCGUCCUCGACGCGCCUAUCAGCAACAUUGACAAUGAAGUCGUCGAGAAAUUCCGCACCUCUUUUGCCUACGAUGAAAAAGAGACAUUACUUGGAUAUUUCCCGGGUUAUAUAUUCCGACUCUUGCCCGUUUUUGGAAGGCUUUACAUAUCAACCAAUUACUUCUGCUUCAAAUCUACGGGUCCGCUGACUUCUCGUACCAGGAUGGCGCUUCCGAUCAGAGACAUCUUGUCUACAGAAAAUUCGAAAGCGACUAGGUUUGGCCACCAUGGGCUCAUAAUCAUUGUCAGGGGACAUGAAGAGCUGUUUUUUGAGUUUGGUGCCGAAGAUAAACGAAACGCGUUUGUGAAGCUGUUGGAACAACAGAUGGAAGAUGUUCGACGACGUCUUGCGGCUGGUGAAACAUCCGUUCCUACGUCAGGCAAACGGGAUGCACUCAUACUGGAAGAAUUUGAGGCCAGAUCGUCUCGAAGCAGCCCUGAAUCCGACCCAGCGCCCACUGCAGAGAGUCUGACUGAUUCUUUGCCUGCCGUCAUGUUUACUUCCGCUUCUUCGACGUUCUUGACAUUCAAACCACAGAAAAGCCUGCACUUUACGUUCCUCACCAUAGGAUCCCGAGGGGACGUUCAGCCUUAUAUCGCAUUGGCUAAGGGCCUCAAAGCCGACGGACAUCGAGUCCGCAUAGCGACACAUCGCGAAUUCAAGGAAUGGAUAGAGUCGCAUGGUAUCGAGUUCGGCUACGUUGGGGGUGAUCCUGCUGAGCUAAUGCGAAUUUGUGUGGAGAAUGGUAUGUUCACUUUGUCCUUCAUGAAAGAGGGCUUGCAAAAGUUUCGAGGAUGGUUGGACGACCUUUUAAAGACGUCCUGGGAGGCCUGUCAAGGCACGGAUGUUCUAAUAGAGAGCCCGAGUGCUAUGGGAGGCUUACACAUCGCUGAAGCGCUUGCAAUUCCUUACUUUAGGGCAUUCACUAUGACUUGGACCCGUACGAGGGCAUAUCCUCACGCCUUUGCUGUGCCCGACAGAAAGAUGGGGGGCAGCUACAAUUAUAUGUCUUAUGUCAUGUUCGAUCAGGUCUUUUGGCGGGCAACGUCUGGACAAAUCAAUCGAUGGCGAAGAAACGUGUUACAUCUCAGUGGCACCAGCCUCGAUAAGAUGGAGCCUCAUAAAAUACCUUUCCUCUAUAAUUUUUCUCCGCAUGUAGUACCCCCGCCCCUCGACUGGCCGGAAUGGAUUCGCGUGACUGGGUACUGGUUCCUCGAUGACGCGGACGUUAGUGCCAAGAAAUGGGUUCCUCCUGAAGGCCUAGUUGUUUUCAUUGACAACGCGCACAAACUUGGCAAGAAAGUUGUAUAUAUCGGCUUCGGUAGCAUUGUGGUAUCUGAUCCCAGGGCGAUGACCCGCUGCGUCAUUGAGGCCGUUGUUCAAAGCGGGGUUUAUGCAAUCCUGUCGAAGGGAUGGUCGGAUCGCUUGCACAUAAAGUCUGCGGACGCCUCUGAGCCCGAAGAGCCACUACCUAAGCAAAUUUACUCCAUUGCGUCCAUCCCUCAUGACUGGCUUUUCCAACGCAUAGAUGCUGCGUGUCAUCAUGGAGGCGCUGGCACUACUGGUGCAAGUCUACGUGCUGGUCUUCCAACAAUUAUCAAGCCCUUCUUUGGGGAUCAAUUUUUCUGGGCCGACCGCGUUGAAGCGCUGGGAGUCGGAUCAGGUGUCAGAAAACUGACAAUAGAAACAUUAAAGGACGCCCUUCUCCUUGCCACGACCGACCAAAAACAAAUACACCGUGCCAGAUUAGUUGGAGAGCAAAUCAAAGCGGAGGAUGGUGUUGUCACAGCUGUAGAAUCUAUCUACCGUGAUCUUGAAUAUGCCCGUUCGCUGAUCAAGCGAAGUCCUCCUGACAUCGGUGAAGACGAUGAAGGAAUAGACCCUGAACAUGCCACCAUUCGUGAUCGGCGUAGCUCUGCUCCUAUGGAUCCUUCAUCUGGCUACAGUUCAAGUGGAUCCGCUCGAGGUGGUGCUCCCAGUGAAGAUUGGAGCGUCAUUUCAGAACAAGACGAGCGAAGGUCUUCUUUCAGUUCCCGAAUCAGCGACGGGAAACCGAACGUCGAGCGCUCUAAUAAUAAACGCAACAGUCUAGCGGCUGCCGUGUUAUCGGUUUUACCUGACACAUUGACCUCCUCUCCACGUCGUCGUACUAUAUCAGCUAGUUCUCGCACAUAAUCUCUCUAUACUGUAGCCAUACAUACUGUACUCUGUCAUGCAUGAAUGUCCCCGCUCUGUUUGAUUAUAAUAGGCUUUUGUUUUCAUAGGAUUUACUGUGUACGUAGAUUGAAUUUAUUAUGACAUGUAGAAAUGCCUUUCAAUCUGAAUUU